AUCCAGAACACAUCCCUACAACAGAUCCCUUGCUAUUGUGAUCCGACCUCAACCCUUGCUAGAUUACCGCCUGAGAUCUUGACUAUUAUCAUUAAUAAACUAGGGGAUUAUGAAUUAGCCCAAACCAUCUUUUCACAAUGGGGAGCAAGAGUGAUGAUCCGAUUUGGAUAUCUGAACAUUUUAGAUUAUUUUCUGAGUGUCGAACCUGCUUUGUUACAUCGGAUCUGUGAUUACCUUUUACCUGAAGUGGCAUCUGGAUUUGGUAGAGUAGAUGUUUUAGAAUGGGCAAGAUCAGGCGAAUUUAAAUUACCGAGACAUUUGAAUGAGGUACCGAUCGAUGAAGCUUCUAGAAACGGACAUGUAUCAGUUUUAGAAUGGUGGAAAGGAUCGGGUUAUAAUUUGGUGUAUUCUGAAGCUUCAUUGAAUUCGGCUACCAAACAAUCACAAACCAAUGUACUUGAAUGGUGGAAGAAUUCAGGUUUAGAAUUAAAGAUUGGAAACGUUUUGGAUUUUGCUUCGAUGGCUUCUGAAACCCAUGGAUUGGAUUGGUGGAGUCGAUCUGGACUAGGGAUCGGUAGAGGAAAGUAUAGUAGGAUCUCACUCUAUCAUGCAUCGUGUCAUGGGAAUUUGAAAGUGUUGAAUUGGUGGCGAGAUUCGUUAUUGGAAUUAGUGUAUGAUAAAGAUGUCUUGAUUGGUGCUACUAAACAUGGACGGAUUGAGGUUUUGGAAUGGUGGAGAAAGAGUGGGAUUCCGGUUUAUUAUACGUUUUUUGAUAUUGAAGAAGCUAUUGAAGAUUGUGUUGAAGGAUCAACAGGUGUGAAGAAAUGGUGGGCUAAGAGAGGGUUAGAUGGAGAAGGUAGUGCGAGUGGUUGGACUACGACUAGGUUAUUGGGUAAGACUUGAGGGUUUUUUGGUUUGGUUUGAAUUUUUAAAAACAUUAUGAUCUUUCGGAUUUUCUUUGUUGAAAAGUUUAGGCUUUGUUGUAAGAUUACAUCAUCAUUAAUAUCAUUUCAUUAUUAUUUUAUGCAUUGAGAUUUGGGUUUUGUUUUGUAUUAUGUUUUAUUAUGGAUGUAUAUAUAAGUUUCAAUGUGUUUCUAAUAGUAAGAUCUAAAUUGAUUUUGAAUAGUUU